AUACUUUUGUUAUAUCAGUAUCUAUACAACUUUCAAACAAAUCCAUGUUGCCCAUUAAUGCAUUAAUAGACUCUGGAGCUUUGGCUUGUUUCCUCAAUUAUACAUUGGUAUACAAAUACAACUUACCUAUCAAUACUAAAAGUACACCACUAUCAGUUGAAGUAAUAGAUAGACGAGAAAUAUUGUCUGGAGCAGUGAGACUGGGCUAUGCUGCUAUAUUAUCAGAACCAUUAUGA